AGCUGAGACCAUAUACCAUUCUGGGGCCGAAGGAGCUGAGGCUGCGACCGGAUCAUUCUCCCCCUCACCCUCAUCUCUCCAAGCAUCUCGGGGUCAAGCGCAAGCACUGCGAACUCAAAACAACAAGCACUGAAGUUCUAAGCCGCCACCUCUCGAAGGAACAUGGCAUAAAGCGGAAGACAACGACAUGGCGUGGCGAGCAUGUAGUUAAUAGUCUUAUGCUCCAAAGCUGGGACCGAAACGGAGCGUACGGAUACUGGAUCGUAACAGAAGAGGAUCGCUCAGUGCCGAUUAGCAGCUCUUUUGAUAAUAGCCUGCUACAGCAAUCUGUGCCACGCAUGCAGCGCCUCGAACAGCUACAUCGUGACGAGCUCGUACGCAGCAGGGGUCAGUUAAAAGGAUCAAGCAUCGAUACCAGCAGCCCUGACAUGGCUCUCAACACAAACUGGAUGCGGCGCACUCAGUGGGCCGAGACCUUUGUUGGCGCCGAUCGGAAACUUCUUGUGCAGCUUGCCCAGAUCCCGUGUGGUACCGGGGAGAACCUGGAAAUUGAAAUCCAUGACGGAACGGCCAUAUCUAGCAGCAAAGAAGAUGAACUCAAACUUCGCCAUAUAGUCACUACUCUGGAUCGCGUCUUUGAUCGCUGUGAAGACACUGUCCGCCACACUGACGUCUCCAUUCGCUGUUUGCUCCGCAGCUCGUACCCGGACCGUACCUAUAAAGCGCCUUUUGAGCUAGUCGGUCGCAAGGCAACCACUCAAGGAUACAGAAGGCUCUUCAAGAAGGCUGUGUGCUUUUGCGUGCGCUUCUGGAGAUUAGGUGAGCCUGUAAGACAAAAUCUCCUACGGAGAUCUUUGACAGAUGCACAAGAUCAGGCACUGAAGCAGCUGUGGCAUGAUGAGAUAUGGGUAAGGAUGCCCGAAGUCCAAGGAAAAGAGUCGCAACUCUAUCCACCCGAGUCAGAGCCCGCUACUCCAGGCGACCUUGGAUGGUUGUCGGACGAUGACUUUGACGAGAUUGCAUCAACCAUCACAGAUGACAGUGUUGAAGAGUUGGACGGGGAUGAUAUUGAAAGAGCCGUUCAGGCUCCGCUAGAAUGCGUGGAUUCAAACCAGAAAGGCGAAGGGCGCCUGCUUCGUUCGAGGCGCACAAAGCAACCUGCAUGGACUAUCGUGCUAGAACAUGUGAUUUUCUGCUUUGUGAAGUUCCUGUCGACCGAGGAAUAUGAAGACGGGAAGCCAUCCUCUACCUUGCUAAUCUAUGCUAGCGGCGUUCUAGGGAUUAGCCACGAUGGAUCCACUUUUGAACGCGCGAAAAGCUAUACAUCAAAGUUGUCAGCCAUGAUAUACUGUGUGAGAAUGAUCAUUCUUAAAGCUACUCUUCCUCGAGUCGCUCAUGUCCGCUUGGGGUGGACAGCCAGGCCACGACACGGGCAGACUGAUCUCCUUAACGAGGUUCGCAAAAAGACUUUGUGCCUAGGAUCGCCAGCACCAAUGAACGAGCUCCUCAGCCUACGCGAUUAUGGGCGUGUCAUUAGUCGUUCUGACGGUCCGUCGUUUCUUGUGACCUGGAGCGAGGAUGGGCAAGGGGGCAAGCCUCACGAGUUACCGAGCUGUCGGCUCUUGAGCACUGCAAUGGUCCUUCUACCUCUCGUGGUAUAUGUGUGUACUCGCGUAAGAUGGCUCUCAUCUUUAGGCACGGUAAAUCCCGCCGGGCAACCAACCACGAAUUUAUCGUCGUUAGAUUUCUUCCAGAAGAGGCGAGCAGACUUAUGUACUAUUACCUUGUGUUCAUACGGCCCUUUGCGUGCAUGCUCUAUCGAGCUUGUCUAG